UUUCAUAUUCUUUCACGUACUUAGUGGACGAAGUGUCGUGUGUUUGGCCUUUUGCAACUCAAUUAAAGAUUUUUAUUGAACAAAUUAUACGAUAAGAUAUGGAGGAAUAUGCAAGAGAACCAUGUCCUUGGCGGAUAGUUGACGAUUGCGGAGGUGCCUUUACAAUGGGUGUCAUAGGCGGAGCAAUCUUCCAAAGUAUUAAAGGUUUCCGUAAUGCACCAAGUGGAUGGAGGCAGCGUUUCACAGGCAGUGUUGUAGCGAUUAGGCAACGAGCACCUAUUAUCGCUGGAAAUUUUGCUGUAUGGGGCGGAAUGUUUUCCACAAUUGAUUGCACAUUAGUCCAUUUUAGAGGAGGAAAGGAAGAUCCUUAUAACUCUAUCAUUAGUGGCGCAGCAACUGGUGGAAUUUUAGCAGCAAGAAACGGGCUACCAGCAAUGGUAGGCAGUGCAAUCAUUGGUGGAGUGCUUUUAGCAUUGAUAGAGGGUGUAGGAAUUUGUUUUACGCGUCUCUCUGCUGAACAAUUCAAACCACCUGCAUUGGUUGAAGAUCCAUCACAACUUGGUCCACCGCCGCAGGGCUAUCCAUCAUAAUGUACAACCAAAUUCUUUAGAUUUUUUUCAAAUUAGAAUGAAAUGUUCAAAUAAUGAUGUUCAAUGUGCUUUGCAUCAGAAUAUCUCUUGAACAUCUUCUUUUGCCAAUGUUAAAUUUAUAUGCAGCAUGGAAGUCUUAGAUUUAAGUUUGAAUAAUAUUUUAUGUUGUUUUCUUAUUGCUGUAUUCCUUUAAAUCCUCCAACUAGAAAGCCAAACACAAUAUUUUGUAAGACCAUGUCCUGUAAAUACAUAUAAAUUGUAAGUAACAAAAAUAAAUGCA